AUGGGAUGGCAACGGAGUUCGUCUUUGGGACUAGAGAAUUCCACGUCUAUGAGUCGAAUACGGAGUCGAGGUGAGUCCGAUGUGGAGAAAGAGCCAUUAUCUCGACUACGACACGGUCACGAGUCCGACAACGACGAACUCUUUGACGACGAUGAUCCCUCUGCUGCUUCCUCACGAUCGACAUCCUCCUCCUACAAGCCUACGCCGGUGAAGAAAGCCUACAAUCCCACGAGAUCAUCCUCCCCAUCAUUUCUCGGAAGAAUGCCUCGAUCCAUCAUGAGAUAUCUCUGCUUGGGCGUCGCUGCCUCGUUGCUCAUCUUCAUCUUCUCUCUCGUUCGAUUGAGCUAUAACUCGGACAAAGAGAUUCAAAUGGCCCUGAAGGAGGAGGUUAUUAAACCAAAACCGCCGCCAUGGGAGAGUUUUCCAUUCCUAGAAAGAUACUAUGGUGGAAUACGAUCAUUGGUCCCAGCCAAGUCAAACGUUCCCGAAUAUCCCCGGACCGAUGACGAGGCGCCUCCCGAAGACUUGGAUGUCGCCAGAGAGGUCGAAGAAGACGAAAAAUCAAAAGAGAAUGAAACUCACCAGCGCCGGAAACGAACAAUCCGAGCCAGCAAAAGAUUCGAUCCAUACCCGAAUUACACCUCUCCAGAGUAUGUGGCCGAGUACGGUGAAAAGGUGGACUGCUUUUUGGAUGCUCAAAACACUAUUUCCAUUCCGCCGGUACGGAUUUACGAAGGAAUUCCAAAGGGAUUUCCGGACAUGGUCAUGGGCUCUGCGCAACUGCUCGGUCUCCGAGACGACAUUUGCUAUGAUCGAUUUGGUCGACUUGGUCCAUAUGGCCUCGGUUACAGCAUUAAUCGAGGUGGAAGUGGCGCCCAACAAGAGGGCGAGAGAGAAGGAGCCGAUUUAGUCUGGGAACAAACCCCGGAAGUCGAUUGGAGGAAUGUUCACUGGGCCGAUGCUCAGCAAAGAUGCGUCCGGGCGAAUCAACAUCGUUUCAAGGAACUACCGAGACCACGACUCGAUACCUUCCGAGCAAUGCCAGUGGGGAGCGAAUACAAGAGAGAUGAGCCAUUCAACUUUUCGUCAAUGCCGACGAAAGCACCCUCCAAUCCUCGAAUCGGUGCGGAAAAACUUCCUCGCACCGCCGUGGUGAUUCGAACCUGGUGGGAUUACCCCUACACCCCUGAAGAUAAGAUCUAUCUGCGAUCACUGAUCUCCGAGUUGACCAUGUUGAGCGGAGGAGAAUACGUCGUUCAUUUCCUUAUUCAGGUCAAAAGCGAUGAUGUUCCCAUCUUUUCGGAUGAUGAAACAUACGCACGUGUCCUUCGUGACUCCUUACCGGAAGAAUUCCGUGGUAUGGGCACUCUGUGGACCGAACGACAAAUGCUUCUGAUGUACGGCGGACUAGAAGAGACAUGGAUGCGAGACCUGCCUGUCCAUGGCGUCUAUCGGAGCACAUUCAUGCCAAUGCAGUAUUUCGCCUAUCAACAUCCCGAAUACGACUUUUUCUGGAAUUGGGAGAUGGACGUUCGCACCACCCACCAUUGGUACCAUCUCUUCGACAAGGUGAGCCAAUGGGCCAAAGCUCAACCACGAAAACUUCUCUGGGAACGCGACAGCAGGUUCUACGUCCCAUCAGAGCAUGGUUCAUGGGAAGACUUCAGUCAAAUGGUUCGCAUCCAAACCGAGCAAGGAACCAACAGCGCCAACAAUCUCUGGAGCAGCCUAAACCGUGCCAAAGAUCCCGACGUCCCCGACGGGAUGAGGCAACAAGGCGACAAACCUAUCUGGGGACCGGAACGUCCACUCGACGACGAUGUAGCCUUCGAAGGCGAUCCUACUCCGCCCACUUCUUUUGGCCAAGACAAAUACACCUGGGGUGUCGGCGAAGACGCCGAUCUCAUCACUUUCAACCCCCUCUUCGACCCGGACGGAACAACCUGGCUCCUUACAGACGACACGACCGGCUACAACAUCACCCGCGGCCGUCCUCCACGACGCACGGCAAUCAUAACCGCCAGCCGACUCAGUCGCAGACUCCUCGUCACCAUGCAUCGGGAGACCGCCGUCAAGAAACACACCAUGUUCAGCGAAAUGUGGCCCGCCAGCUGUGCAUUGCAUCAUGGUCUCAAAGCCGUCUACGUUCCCCACCCGGAGUACGUCGACCGCAAAUGGCCGACGAAUUAUCUCCAGGCCGUUUUCAACGGCGGUCGCAACGGUGCUACCGGCGGCUCUCGCACCAGCGUCUUCGGUGAUCGCGAACAUAAUUUCCGUGGCACCACGUGGUAUUAUAAUGCCGGGUUUCCUGAGGUUCUUUGGCAUCGAUGGUUGGGCAUGCGCUUUAACAGUGCCGGUGGUGAGCAGGAGGAGGUCGCUGGUGAGGGACGCAUGUGUUUGCCGGGCAUGCUUUUGCAUCCGAUCAAGAGGGUUGAUUUAGUUCAGGAGGGGAGGAGGGCCGAUCAGUGA